UCGGCGGUGGACGUGCCCAAAUUUUUUUUUCUCUUCAUGUGCCUAUUUUCAUGAUCGUCCGUAUAUAAACUCCUAGGAUUUUCUAUUCUUCUUUUUUGGUUUUAUUUCUCUGACAAUCAAAUAAUCAUUUUCUGUUAAUACACAAUGGCUUUCACCUGUUCCGAUAUCUGUAAAAUUCUUUUUGCCAUCGUUCUCCCUCCUUUGGGUGUUUUGUUCGAGCGAGGUUGUGGUGUUGACUUGCUGAUCAACAUUGCGUUGACAUGUCUCGGAUAUAUUCCUGGUAUCAUCCAUGCACUUUACAUCAUUCUAAAGUAUUAAUCACGCCGGAACCGAUCAAAGAUACCCUGCAACUACGGGAAUCUAGUGUGUGCGUGUGUGCGUGACAAACGUGGGACCAUGGAAACUCUAUGAAAACCCUUUCGAAUUUUGUAUAUGUAAAUAACCCCUACUAUUAUUAUUUUUAUUUUA